GUUUCUCUGGCCUUCCUCCAGGACUGCUGUCUCCAGUGUGAGUCUGUCAGCAUGAGUUCUCCUCAGGGCAGUAACAACAUUAGAAAGCCCCUGGAUGGGGGCUGGGGCUGGGCCAUUGUGGUGGCCUGCUUCCUGGCUCAACUCCUGGCCUACGGCUCACCACAGUCUGUGGGUGUGAUCUACCCAGAAUGGCUUAGUGCCUUCCAGGAGAGCAAGGCUAUGACAGCCUGGGUGGGCUCUCUAGUCUCUGGAGUGGGACUCAUAGCAAGUCCUAUCUGCAGUGCGUGUGUGGUCAAUUUCGGAGCACGGCCUGUCACCAUCUUCAGUGGAGUUAUGGUCUCUGGGGGUCUGAUGCUCAGUGCCUUCGCGCCCAACAUCCCCUUCCUCAUCUUCUCCUAUGGCCUUGUCGUCGGUCUGGGCUGUGGACUGGUCUAUGCCGCUACCCUGACAAUCACCUGCCAGUAUUUUGACAAGAAGAGAGGCCUGGCUCUAGGAAUUGUCACCACAGGCACUAGUGUAGGGGGCUUCCUCUAUGCCACGGCUCAGAACGAACUCAUCGAGCUGUUUGGCCUUGAAGGAUGUCUGCUCAUUAUCGGCGCCCUGGCCCUCAACAUCAUCGCCUGCGCUGGCCCCAUGAGGCCCCUGGUACUGCCUGCCUACUACCUCCGCCAGCGGGCAGCAGCUCUGGAGCAGGCAGAGGGGCACCUGUAUGAUAAGGCUCUGCUGGCAGAGGAACCUAUCAAACCUGCCAAUGAGAAGCAGCCACAGGCCUGUCACAUGCUAAUCACCAUAGAAACCAAAGACCCUCUGGCCUAUGAGAAGAGCCUGCUAAGUUGUUCCGCCCUGGUGAAGCUAAUUAAGACUAAGCAAAAGGACUACUGCAGAUACAUAUGUUCCACAUCAGAGCUGCUCCAGGACCGUGUCUUCAUGGCGCUCUGCGUCUCCCUCUUCCUCUACUCCCUGGGGGCCUACCCCCCCCUCCUCUUCAUGGAGGACGUGGCUCAGACCCGGGGCCUGGUGGAGACGGUCAGCGUCAUCCCCCUCGUCUCUAUCACCGCCAUCUGCGCAGGCGUGGGCAAGCUGGCCCUGGGCGCCAUGGCCGACCUGCCCUUCGUCAACAGCGUGCUGCUGUACGCGUUCACCCUGACAGGCAGCGCCGGCGCCCUGCUCCUCAUCCCGGUGACGCGGUCCUACGCGGGGCUGCAGGUGCUGUCGGCCGCGCUGGGCUUCUUCUCUGGGAACUGGUCCCUGACGCCCUACGUGACUACGGAGGUGGUGGGGAUCGAGCGCUUUACCCAGGCCCACGGCAUCCUCAUGCUGUUUGGGGGCUUCGGCAUCAUGCUGGGAUCCCCUGUUGUAGGCUUCUUAUAUGACUGGACCCAGUCCUAUGACCUGGCUUUCUACCUCAGUGGGGGAGGAGUGCUCUUGGGGGGGCUCUGUCUGUUCCUGUCUGCCCUGCCCUGUCUGGAUCACCCCAAACCCCAACCCCCCCAGCCACAACCAGACCUUCUCCAGCCUCCUGAGGUCCUUCGCCCAGAACCCCCUCACCCAGACCCAGAGUACCCCAGCACCUGUGACAUGGUAGCCUCUGUGGCCUAAAGUGCUGACAUGGUCUAAUUGUUGCUGAAUGGUUCAAAUACAAUUGUAAUUGUAAUUGGAGGUUUUUCAGUUUCAGUUUCUGUCACAGGCGAUACAGGGAGUGAGUUAUGUGAGUUGAUAGUCUUUGUUUUACACAGUGGGUUAGGGGGGGAUUCAUGAAUUGAGAUUCACUUCUUGUACUCGUUCAAGUGAAAACUUGAAUGUAAUAAGUAGACUAUUUUCUGAACAACUUAAUGCUGAAGAAGACACUUUUUUCCGUGCUCCUGUGUACAACAUGCCAGUCACAGCAUGUUGGGAUGUUCAGGAGGAUAUGCAGUUUGGUCUGACUGGCAGACUGUACAGUUUUAUCGACUGACCUUGUUUUUUUGUUGCCCAAGCCUUGUAAACAACACCACCAAUCAUUGAGAGCCACACAGUUAGUCCAGGCCAUGUUUACAGUAUGAGUGAAACUGUCAUUCAAAAAUGGCCGCUAAUGAAAAGUUCCCUUUUUUGACUCGUUGAUGAUGAGGUGUGUGUGUGCACAUUAGGAGUUUAGUCCCCAAGAAAUAACUGACAUGAUCUGAAAGCAGCAUGCUCAAGGCUUCUUCCUGUUGUUGUUGUUGUUAUUGGAUAAGCUAAGGGUCGGCCAGGUUGUUUUCAGUAUGCAGAGGCUUGAAUAC